AUGGCCAUGUUUCGCGACUUCUCCUUCGACCCGGCGUCGUCUCCCGACUACUCACUCUACGAGGCCGAACGGGCGGCCAUGAAUGUGUCGCCCACGUCACCAGCCAUGGACCCGCAUUACUCGCCAAAUCGGCCACCCACUCCACCAUGCACCAUGGGCGACCUCGCCGUGCAACUCAACCAGCAAAGCCUCCGCAUCGACACCAACACCAACACCCGCUGCUAUCCUCCUGGCCCCCUCACUCCAGCGAGCGACGAUGACGAGUGCGCCCCGUCCACCAAGCAAGAACAGCAGGCGCGACCAACCUACUCGCGCGUCGCAGCUUCCGUCCUGAGGAUGCAACGUCAACAAAACUCGCGCAUGCAGUGCAGCCCAUCGCACGCUCGCGAUCUCUCCAAGCUGGUCAAGAUGAUCGAGGAGGAGCAGCAAUGCACCGUCAACGAGCCGUCGUCGCGGACAAGCUCCACAUCGUCAACAUCUACAUGCCCACUGGUCCCUUCAAAAGACGACGAGGGCGUCGACAUGGACUACGACGCUCCCGCGCAAGCCGCUGAGGGACUCUUCGGCAUGCCAGUAUGGAGAGCAGGCGACCGUCGCGACAGCUGCGUUCGCGUCACCAGACCUGUGCGCAUGCGAAAGCGGUCCAAGGGCAACGGCGUAUGCAAGAGGACGUCAUCAUAA